CCUUGUAGCUUCCCAAUUACUGAAGGAUGUCAGCAAUUGGAGUAGUGUCCUCCUGUUCCUGUCUCCGUCCUGGUGUAUGGCUGCUGAAACCGGGAAUGCAGAAGCUGAGCUCCUUGGGCUUACAUACAGCGGCCAGGUGUGCUGCCAAGGAUUAUUAUGAAGUACUCGUGUUGGGUGGAGGCACUGGUGGAAUCACCAUGAGUGCUCGGAUGAAGAGGAAAGUGGGGGCAGAAAAUGUGGCUGUUGUUGAGCCAAGUAAGACUCAUUACUAUCAGCCACUGUGGACUCUGGUUGGUGGUGGUGCAAAGCAGCUGGCAACUUCUGCACGUCCGACAGAAAGUGUAAUGCCAAAAGGUGUUGAGUGGAUCAAAUCUCGAGUUACAGGAUUGGAUCCAGAUAAGAACUGUGUCUGGCUGGAGAAUGACGUCAAGAUAUCUUACAAGUAUCUGAUAAUUGCCCUUGGGAUUAGUCUGCAUUACGAAAAGAUCAAAGGCUUGCCUGAAGGUUUUCAUUACCCUAAAAUAGGUUCCAAUUACUCAGUUCAUACAGUAGAGAAAACAUGGAAAGCUUUACAAGAUUUCAAGGAAGGAAAUGCUAUCUUCACUUUUCCAAAUACUCCAGUGAAAUGUGCAGGUGCUCCUCAGAAGAUCAUGUAUUUAUCAGAGGCCUACUGGACGAAGACAGGAAAACGAUCCAAAGCAAACAUAAUGUUCAACACUUCACUUGGUGUCAUUUUUGGUGUUAAGAAGUACGCUGAUGCGUUGCUUGAAAUAAUAAAGGAGAGGAAUAUUGCUGUUAACUACAAGCGCAACCUUGUAGAAGUUCGAGCAGACAAGCAGGAAGCCGUGUUUGAAAACCUGGACAAACCCGGAGCGACUGAAGUUCAUCAGUACGAAAUGCUUCAUGUCACACCCCCGAUGGGGCCACCUGAUGUACUCAUCAACAGUCCCAUCUCCGAUCAAAGUGGCUGGGUGGAUGUAGAUAAGGAAACUCUACAACAUAAGAAGUAUCCUAAUGUGUUUGGUAUUGGAGACUGCACCAACCUUCCAACAUCAAAAACUGCUGCAGCUGUAGCUGCUCAGUCUGGAGUGCUCGAUCACACUAUCUCCCUGGUGAUGAAGAACCAGUUGCCAACUAAAAAGUAUGAUGGAUAUACUUCCUGCCCGCUAGUGACAGGCUACAACAAGGUGAUUCUAGCAGAAUUUGACUACAACGCUCAGCCUUUGGAGACCUUCCCCAUUGACCAAAGCAAGGAGAGAGUAACCAUGUACCAUAUGAAAGCUGAUAUGAUGCCUUUUCUUUACUGGAAUGCACUACUUAAGGGAUACUGGGGAGGACCAGCUCCUAUCAGGAAGCUAAUGCAUCUGGGCUUGAAGUAA